AUGGUUCCCAGAAUAUUUUAUUUUCUUGCGUUUUUUACUCUCUUGUAUCUAUUCACAAUUUCUUUUGCUUCCACUGAGGAAGCAACUGCUCUCCUCAAAUGGAAAGAAACUUUCGGAAACCAGAAUAAUUCCUUAUCGGCUUCUUGGACACUAAGUCCGGCUGCUGCCAAGAAUUCUUCCAGCCUCGGAGCAACAACUUCUGAUGCAUGCAGGGAUUGGUAUGGAAUUAUAUGCGUUAAUGGUCGGGUAAACAGGGUGAAUAUUACAAAUUCUAAUGUUAAUGGUACACUCUAUGAUUUUCCAUUUUCGUCUCUCCUUUUUCUAGAAUAUAUUGAUCUUAGCAAGAAUCAGCUUUCUGGCACCAUCCCACCUGAAAUAGGUAAGCUCACUAAUCUUGUCUAUCUUGACUUGUCUAUCAAUAAGAUUUCGGGCACAAUCCCACCACAAAUCGGCGCACUAACAAAGCUUGAGGUGGCCAGAAAUAACAUUAGUGGUAGCAUACCACCAGAGAUUGGAAAUAUCAGCAGGCUUGAACGACUUGAUCUUUCGUCGAAUCAUUUGGUUGGACAGAUUCCUAAAGAAUUUGGAAAAUUGACCUUGUUAGGUAGAUUAUUUGUACAAAACAACCACAUUUCUGGUAAUAUUCCUAUGGAACUUGGGUCAAUGAAAAAGUUAGAGUCCCUUGAUCUAUCAAACAAUAGAUUGAAUGGGUCGAUCCCAACCUUUAUAGGAGAUUACAUGAACAUGUUUCUCUUGAACCUGAGCAACAACAAGUUUGGUCAGAAAAUUCCAAAGGAGAUAGGGCGGAUAACUCAUCUUAGUGUACUUGAUUUGAGCUAUAAUCUUCUAGAUGGAGAAAUACUUGCUCAGUUAGCCAAUUUACUGGACUUGGCAAACUUGAAUCUUUCCCACAACAGCCUCUCUGGCCGCAUUCCUGAAGAAUUUGAAAGUUUGACUGGUUUGCAGGAUGUUGUCUUGUCAUACAAUGAGUUGGAAGGUCCAAUACCAAAUAAUAAAGCUUUCAUGAGAGUCUCAUUGGAAGGUAAUAAAGGUCUGUGCGGCAAUUUAACAGGAUUUCUGCCAUGCGAAAUGCCAUCUCCAAUGGUGAAGAAGCACUCAACGGCGAAGGGCCAAAUAGAGUUAAGACAUAUUGAAAGACGGGAUUCCAGCAAUGGUGUUGAUGUUGAUGAAGAUGAUGAUUUGCUUUCCAUAUCCACGUUAAAUGGAAGUGCAUUAUACCGGGAUAUCCUAAAAGCCACAAAGGAGUUUGAUGCAAUGUAUUGCAUCGAGAAAGGAGGGUCUGGAAGCGUUUACAAGGUAAAGUUUCCAUCUCUUGUGAAUGUAGCUGUGAAGAGACUUCAUUCUUCCUUUGAGGUUACACAUCGCAAAAGUUUCAUGAAUGAGGAUUGCUCACCGCCGAUUGUUCAUCGAGACAUAUCAAGCAGUAAUGUUUUGCUUGAUUCCGAGUUUGAAGCUUGUGUUUCAGAUUUUGGAAUAGCUAAGCUUCUCAAGCCAGACUCAUCCAACUGUACUGCAUUUGCAGGCACAUAUGGCUAUGUUGCACCAAACCUUGCAUACACGAUGAAGGUUACACAGAUGUGUGAUGUCUAUAGUUUUGGAGUAUUGUCAUUGGAAGUAAUCAAAGGAAAGCAUCUUGGGGAACAUAUUACUUUGCUAGCGAAUUCACCAACUAGAGAUGUGCAGCUUAGUGUUUUGCUAGAUGAAUGCCUUCCAUAUCCUGAAGAUAAAGUGAAAAAGUUUUUGGUUUUUAUCAUCAAGUUAGCAAUCUCUUGUUUACUUGAAACUCCAAAAUCAAGGCCAACAAUGCACUUUAUCUCCCAUAUGUUGUCAAUGGAUCCACCUAUUUCUCAAUAA